ACAAACAAAUUUUUGCGGAAUUGUAAAAUUUUUGCCACUAAUUUUUGUGCUCAAUUUUCAUGGGGUCGUAUGAUAGAAAAUGAAUUUCAAUAGACUUUUAUUCCUUUAUUCAUUCAAGUUUGAUAUAAAAAUUCGUCCUAAAAUUGUUUUAUUAAUUAAGAAAUAAAAUUCAAAAUUCAACUUUUUUUUCUACAGAGAGUAAAAAGCAUCUGGAAAAAAAGAAAAAUGAAUCGCGUUUGAGACUGCCGAACAGAAAUCUUAUGAGUUUUCAGUCGACCAGCAGUGUGGAAAAGCCGAAAAGGAAACGUAAAAAACAAUCCAAAAUUCGACAAGAGGCAAAAGGAAAGCAAAAUGAGAGUAUCAUGACUAAGUACGAGGAACACAUGAAAAGCAGGGAAAUCAUUGUCGAAUCUGACGACGAGAGUUUGGGAAGAAACGAUACCGUUUUAAUGUCAUCAAAUUCUAUAAGUUUCUCAGCUGAUAAUCGUCGAUCUCUGGAAGAAGUAGAUUCACAAUAUUCGGAUGAGGAGAAUGAUGACAAUUCUGACGAUUCUACAUCUUCAAUCAAUUUUCGAUCUUCUGGAAACUCUAAAAUUGUUCAAAAUUCUGGGCAUUUGGAAAAUUCUGGUGAUGAUUCAGACAAGGAAAAUUGUCGACCUUCUACAAGUCAGGGAAAUACUAGACUACUUGGACUAGACAAAGAAAAAUCUGCAGCGCCUCAUAAUGAUCGACUUUCUGCAAAGACUGGACUUCCUCGGGCCAGAGACCAUCAAAGACUUGGUCAUCAUGAGCGUGCACGAAAUCCUCCACCCAUUGAGAACCCUGGACCUGAUGAAUAUGUUGAAAGACGUGAACCUAGAAUCGGAGAGCAUCAAAGACCUGGCCAUUAUGAUCGCGUUGGAAAUUCUCCACCUGUUGAAAACCCUGAACUUCAUGGAAAUGUUCAAGAACGUCGACCUAGGGCCAGAGAUCAACAAAGACCUGGUAAUAAUGAGCGGGCUGGAAAUUCUCCACCAAUUGAUAACCCUGGACCUGAUGGACAUGUUGAAAGACAUUCACCUCCGGCCAGAGACCAUCAAAGACUUGGUCAUCAUGAGCGUGCACGAAAUCCUUCACCCAUUGAUAAUCCUGAACCUGAUAGACAUCUGGGAGGACGUCCACUUAGGGCUGCAGAACAUCGUAGACCUGAAUAUCAAGAAUCUCCGGAAAAUCCUCCACCUUUCGAAAAUCAUGACCCUAAUAGACGUGUUGUAGGAAAUCGCAUCGUGAAUGCAAAUGAUUGGGUAUAUCUUCGAGAAGAUAGAAGGGUUCAUCUUGACGUAUGGGAGUUGAUGUUGACCCGUUCAGAUUCAAAGUUUGUGCGAGACGUAGCGGAUGUAUUAUGGACCAGAGAUGAACUGAGGCUACGUUGCUUAAAUGCUGAAAGAGCAAAUAUGAAUAGAGUCGAAGGAGAAGAAAUAAGAAGACCAUUGACUCCUGCAACUUAUGAGAUUUUGAAAAGUUAUAAGUUUAAUUAA